UGCAGAUUGGAUUAAUGCCCAAGACCUUUCUCCAACAUCUUCAGUUUCUGGGCUGGACCAACUCCCCACCUGCUGCAGGACAUCUGCUCCCGACCAGCGGUCACUGCUCAUUCAGGCCCCCGGUCAGUGUCCACUCCCAACCGGACCCAGUGGGCCAACAUUAACCGCAGGCUCCAGCUCCUGCAGGAGCAGCUAACCAGACUAGAGUCCCAGGUCAUGGCUGAUAUCUCCACCAUUCUGCAGUUGCUGCAGAGACCCCUGGUCCUGACCCCUCCAGCCUACAGCCCUGUGUCGACUGGCUGCCCACAGCCACCCGAUGGGUGUCAGGACUCACCGACAGCUGCAGUGUCACUCAUUCAGGUGGGUCACUCCGCGCAGUUCUAGGGUGGGACCUCUCAACCACCACUGAGGGAAUUGGAUUGGUGUGAAUGAUGGGGAAUGUCAGUACAGUCUUGUGGGCCGAAAGACCUGUGACCAGGUUUUGUGUGUGUGUGUGUAUGUGUGUGUACUAUAUAUAUAUAUAAUAUAGACACACACACACACACACACACAUAAAACAAACACACAACACACGAACUGCUGCCUCUGAGACCCGGGUUCAAUCCUGACCUCUGGUGCUGUCUUUGUGGAGUUUGCUCAUUCUCCCUGUGACUGUGUGAGUUUCCACGAGGUGUUCGGUUUUCUCUCAUGUGGGCUGGUGUAUUUGUUGUCUGCUAUGAUUUACCCCUAUGGUGGAAUCUGGGGGAGUGAGGGAAAAGGGCUGUACAUUUGUCUGUUAGGUCUGAACUGAGGUUGUGAAUGAGGUCCUCAGUGUGUACCUGGCAUUGGUAUUCACCAGGGUCGAUAUGGGUAAAAGUAAGAUGAGGGAGGGGGUGUUGAUAUUCUAGGCAUGUCAAUGAUAAGGAGGAGGAGUUGUACACUGUGUUCUGUAAAACAUUAUGGUGAAUAACUCCAGGACCUGAAGAGAUUUAUCCCAAGAUACUGAAGGACAUGAUUAAUUUGGAAAGGCAGGCAUUGAUGAGUCAGCAAGGCCAGACACAGAGCAGGGAGGUGUGCUGCAACUGUGUACAAUACCACAGCUGGAGCACUGGGACAGUCCUGGUCUCCACAUUCCAGGAGAGAUAUGAUCGCACUAGAGACGGUGCAGCGGGGAUCUUCAGGAUGCUGCAGGACUGGAAAACUGUAGAUGACGAGGCUUUGACGAGGCUGAGAUGUAUAAAAUAAUGAGGUGGGUGAGAUGGAGUCAAUUUGAAGGAUCUCUUUCACUCAGCAAAGGUCACAAUUCAGGGAAACAAGCUUUUAAGUACUUGGGAAAAGGAUUAGAAGGGAAAAUGGGAUAAAAUGGUUGUUCUUGCAUGAGAAGAUGCAUAAAACCUGAUGAACAUCCAGUCAUAGAGUGACACAGCACAGAAAGAGGCUCCUUGGCCCAACUGAUUCAUGCCAACUAAUGCUGAGGCAAGCCAGUCCCAUUUGCCUUGUUUGGUCCAUAACUUUCUAACUCUUUCCCAUUUGUGUACCCGUCCAGCUGUCUUUUCAAAGCUGUUAUUGUACCUGCCUCAACCAGUUCCUCCAGCAGUUCAUUCUACCUACACCAUCCUUAAUGUUUAAAUAAAAAAGGCUGCCUCAAUUUCCCGUAAAUCUCUCCCCUCUCACCUUAAACUUAUGACCUCUAGUUCUUGAUUUGCCUACCCUGGGAAAAAAAACUGUGCAUUCACCCUAUCUAUGCCUUUCAUGACUUUAUACACCUCUACAAGGUCACCUCUAGCUCUCCUAUGCUUCAAGAAUUAAAGACUCAACCCGUUCAACCUCUCCCUAAAACUCAGUCCCUCAAGUCCUGAUAACAUCCUUGUAGACCCUUCUUCAAGCUUUCCAGGUUUAUGACAUCUUUCCUACAGUAGGGGGAACGAAAUUGAAUAUAGCAUUCCAAAUAUGGCCACACCAACAUUUUAGAUAACGGCAAUAUAACAUGCAACAAUUAUACUCAAUACUGUGACUGAUGAGGGCCAGCAUGCCGAAAGAAUUCUUCAUCAUCCUUUCAUGAAACCACAUACUGGUACUCCAAGGACCUUCUAUUCCACAACACUCCCUGGGGAAUUGCCUUUCACUGUGAAAGCCCUACCCUCAUUUGUCUUCCUAAAAUGUGAGAUGUUGCAGUGAUCUGAAUUCAACUCCAUUUACUAUCCUCAGCCCUCUGACCCAGCUGAUCAAGAUCCACCUGUGAUUUGUGAUAACCUUCUUCAUUGUUGAAGACACCAGUUAUCUCAGUAUCAUUUCCAAACUUGCUAACAAUGCCCUAUAUAUUCUUCCAAAUCGUUGCUAUAGAAACAAACAACGAUGGGCCUAGCACCACUCCUGGGAACAACACUAGUCACAGGCCUCUAGUCCAAGAAACAACCUUCCACUAUCAUCAACUGCUUCCUACCAUCAAGCCAACCGUGUAUCCAGUUAGCCAGCUCUUCCUGGGUUGCAUGAGAUCCAACUUUUCACAGCAGCCUACCAUGUGGAAACAAUCAAAGGCCUUACUGAAGUUCAUAUAGAUCAUGUCUACUGCCCUACCCUCAAAUUUCAAAGUUCAAAUAAAUUUGCUAUCAAAGUAUAGAUAUGUUAUCAUAUAUUAUCUUGAGAUACAACUUCUUGCAAGAAUUUGCAGGAAAAAAGAUAUACAAUAACACUUUAUGAAACAAUAUAUGUAAAUAAAGACUGACAAACAACUAGUGUGGAGCCUAAUAGUUUUUAGUUUUUAGAUUUCCAGGUAGAAUGUACUGUAUCUCCGUUUCUGUUGCGUAUUUGUUUUUAUGAUGCAGUUUCAUUUUUUAAACGGUUGUUACGUUCUGUUGCAAGAUACAAUAUUUCUGUACUGGAAAUUUUUGGCUAGAUGUGCUGAUUUAUCCUAUUCCAGCAGUAGAAGGGAGAGUGAAGACUUUAUCGAAGUACAGGACCGAAGGAUUGAGAGGAGUUGGCAUCGUUCAGCAGUUUAACAAAGGAUCGACCUUAUUGAGUCUUCGUUGAAGGAGUAGCAACUUGCAUCGAAGAUAACUCUUGCCGAAAGAGCAAAGAGUUCAUGCAAAGGUUUGCUCUCUCUAGAAUUUAAGGUCAGUUGUUUUAAACUGUUUAUUUACUGCAUAGUGAAUCCUGUGGACAGAACCAGCAGGAAAGUCGCGUCCAUGAAGAAAUCCUUCUCCAGAGAAGUCUCUCCCAAUUGAACAUAUAAAUCUGUUGGACUUUAAAAUUUUCCCUUGUGACGAGAAUACACAUAAAAUUAAGAUGUUUGCUGGCCUAGGUUAGCAUCAGUGACAUCAGCAAGUGGUCUGCCACCUGCCCUCAGGGGAAGGAGAGAUAAGGAACAAUGGAGCAGCAUCUGGAGAUGUGUAAUGAAGGGACGGGGGAGAGAGAGCUGUCUGGAGCGGCUCCCCCUUUGAACCCUGAACUGUUUGAAGUGAUGGACAGGCGAUACCCCAGCAGGGGGAUAAAAAGGGACUGAUUCACGAAGGCAGGACAUACGCCACCCGAGGUAACGAGACCCUGGAAGCGGUAUGCUUCUCACGAGUCGGUGGGAAGUAUCAGACAACGGCCAGGGUGGAAAGGUACGAUCAGCGGGAACCCGGUGUGUGUCCGCCCUUGCCUGGGUGCCGGGUUCACUGCAGAGGAUCGACCGCAUCUGGAGGAGGGCCUCAGUCGGUGACCUCAGGUGACAUCACCAAGGACCUGCCCAAAAGCUGCUUGUGAGCCAUCUCGCCGGUCUGUGAGUGAAGCUGUGUCUGAAUGAUCAGUCGUUCUCGUUCUCUCUCUCUCUCCCCCCCAUGUUGUCCAUAGCCAUGGCAACGAUUACUGCGAACUGAACUACUAAACUGGACUGAACUUUGAGUCACUUUGAAAUUUGGUCAUUUACCCCUAGACCACGAUAGAGCUUGAUUGAUGCUGUUAUCUUAAUUCUGUGCGCAUGUGUGGUUAUCAUUGCUGAACUGUUGCAUUUAUUAUCCUUUCGAUUACUGUGUUGCUUGUUUCUUUAAUAAAACUUUCUUAGUUCUAGUAAUCCAGACUCCAACUGAGUGAUCCAUUUCUGCUGGUUUGGCAACCCAGUUACGGGGUACGUAACAUAAGUGGGGUUCUCGUCCGCGAUUUUGAACGCUAAGUUUGGGACGGAGUAAAUUGAUUGGGUUAAAAUUCCCGAAAGAAAGAAAAGACAAACAGCAGAAAUGGAGGCUGAGGAAUUUAUAAAGGCGCCGACCUUGGAGGCAUUAGAGGAUGCCAGGAAAUCGGAAUUGGUAGCUGUGGCCAAACGGUUGAAUCUUGCUAAGGUGAAGUCGACAAUGAGGAGAGAGGAGAUACACAGAGCUAUUGUAGAGCACUAUGUAUCCAAAGGUGUGUUUCCCCAAGGUGAGCUGGGGGUGGUGUCUAUUGAAAAACCUGCUGGAGACGCAGUACAGGUACAGCUUGAAAAACUGAGACUCGAGCACGAGUUCCGGGUACGGCAGUUAGAACACGAAGAGAAGGAGAGAGAGUUAGAAAGGCAAGAGAGAGAAAGACAGUUAGAGAGAGAGGAGAAAGAGAGGCAAUGGGAGCGAGAAGAGAGAGGGAAACAGAGGGAAAGGGAAUUUGAGCUGGAGAAGUUAAAGAUAAGGGCCGAGCAGGGGCUCGUGCCGAACCAAGGUGGAGGGUUCCGGGCGACCCAGGAGGUUAGGCUGGUUCCCCCAUUUGACGAUACCGACGUGGAUUGGUACUUUCUCCACUUCGAAAAAGUGGCUAUAAGUCAGGACUGGCCGAGGGAUAAGUGGGUUGUUUUACUUCAGAGUGUACUGAAAGGGAAAGCCCAAGAAGCUUACUCAGCUUUGUCCGCGGAAGAUGCCCAGAGGUAUGAGGUGGUGAAAGAGGCCAUCCUCAGGAUUUAUGAGUUGGUCCCGGAGGCAUACCGGCAGAGGUUCCGGAAUGCGAGGAAACAGUGGGACCGCACGUAUUUGGAGUUUGCCCGUGAGAUGCAGACAUAUUGUGAGCGUUGGUGCGCCUCGAAGGGGGUAGAGGGGGAUUAUGACAGACUGCUACAACUGAUCCUGAUUGAGCAGUUUAAAGGUUGUGUCCCCGAGGGUAUGAGACCCUACCUCGAUGAGAAAGAGGCAGCCACGUUAGCGCAACUGCUAAGUUAGCGGAUGAGUAUGCGUUGACGCAUAAAAUGAA